GAGGCACUUGUAACGCAGGUGCAACGGCAACUUGUUGCCUCGUGAGGAAAAUAGGGGUGACCUCCGCAAUCAGAGUAGUGGGAGAGCAGCUGUCAUUCGUAACCAGCAGAAAAUGUCUGAGCCUAUUAGAGUCUUGGUGACCGGUGCCGCAGGACAGAUCGCAUACUCUCUGCUGUACGGCAUUGCAAAGGGAGAUGUCUUCGGUAAAGAUCAGCCUCUCGUUUUGCUUCUGCUGGACAUCACUCCCAUGUUGCCUGUGCUGGAGGGUGUUGUUAUGGAGCUGCAGGACUGCGCCCUUCCACUUCUGAGAGAGGUCAUCCCCACGGAUAAAGAGGAUGUGGCAUUCAAAGAUUUGGAUGCUGCCAUCCUGGUGGGCUCAAUGCCAAGGAGAGAGGGCAUGGAGAGAAAGGAUCUACUGAAGGCCAAUGUUGCCAUCUUCAAAUCCCAAGGGGAGGCCCUUGACAAGUAUGCAAAGAAAACCGUUAAGGUCCUAGUUGUUGGCAACCCAGCCAACACUAACUGCUUAAUUGCGGCUAAAUCUGCACCAUCCAUACCCAAAGAGAAUUUCUCUUGUCUAACACGUCUGGAUCACAACAGGGCUUCCUCACAGGUGGCAUUACGUUGUGGCAUUGCACCAAACAAUGUGAAGAAUGUGAUCAUCUGGGGAAAUCAUUCAUCUACGCAGUACCCUGACGUCCACCACUGCAAGGUGAAUGUGCAAGGGAAGGACGAGACUGCCUUCGAUGCAGUGAAGGACGAUGCCUGGCUGAAGGGAGAAUUCAUUUCUACGGUGCAGCAGCGUGGUGCUGCAGUCAUCAAAGCCAGGAAACUCUCCAGUGCCAUGUCAGCCGCCAAGGCCAUUUGACAAGACAUUUGGACUGGCACUCCUGAGGGUGAGUUCAUUUCAAUGGGUGUCUAUUCCACUGGAAACUCUUAUGGAGUACCUGAGGACCUCAUUUACUCAUUCCCCAUUUCAAUUAAGGAUAAGAACUGGAAAAUUGUUGAUGGACUCCCCAUUAACGACUUCUCAAAAGCCAAGAUGGAGGCAACAGCAGCAGAAUUAGUGGAGGAAAGAGACACUGCUCUCUCUUUCCUGGGUGUUUGACGACAAACUCAACCAUCUACAACACUGUUAGAUACCCAAAAAACUCCAGAAGCACGUUUGUAAAACACUCCAGUAAAACUGUGUUGUCUUCCCCUGAAACUGUUACACAAAUUGUAGAACUCUGUGUCUGUGUGUGUACUUAACUUUUUCAGCUGGAUAUUGACUAAUAAUGCAGAAUUGAAACCUAGUCUUGCAUGGACUUUGGGUGUUUCCCUUCCUCUUUUUGGUCUUCCAGCUAAACACAUCUUUUACAGAAGAAAGCAAGAUAUUUAUUUAUUUAAUUAUUUAUAGACUGUCCUGUUCAGUUCAAAGCUGCAUAAAGGAGGAUCAAAGCCUGGAAAGGGCUUAAGUGGACAUCAGCAAUCAGAGUACAUUAGGUCUUUCUGUGUCUUUGUCCAGACUGAAGUUUCAGCUGUUACAUGUACGACAAAAGUUUGUCAGAAACUGUCAAGUAACAUUUCAUGAGUUAAUUUAAGAGCUUUGGUUAAUGUAAUAUGAUUUUAUGUAGAAUCCAGCAAUAAAACAAACAUUAAAAUACAUUCUUGAAUGUAA